AUGGAUAAGAGUUGGAUUUAUGUGACGAACCGAAUUUCGGAGACAUAUAUGGAUGGAGUUAGAAGAUUUAUUGAACAAGCACGUAAUCACCUAGAUGCGGAUGGAAAAUGUCGUUGUCCUUGCAAAAAAUGUUUGAAUUGUUUUUUCCAUCAUAUAGAUAUUGUUGAGCGUCAUAUUUUUGUUAGAGGUUUUAGCUUAAAUUAUAUAAACUGGAUUAAUCAUGGCGAGGAGGAAACCGAUACUACUCCCAAUGUACAAGAUGAAGACUAUGAUGCAGAAGGAGAAAAAAGUGACAAUGAUGACGACAUAGAUGAGAUGGUAAAUGCAUUAAAUGAUGCAUUUCCGCACAUCAAUCCAUCUUCAAUGGAUGAUGGUGCAGAAAUAAAUGAUAUUGGGGGUUGUGAAGAAGAGACACCGAAUUUAGAAGAUUUGUUCGCUGAAGCGGAGAGGGAGUUAUAUAAAGGAUGCACAAAGUUUUCCGCAUUGACUUUUUUGGUGAAGUUACUUCAUAUAAAAGUAUUGAAUCAAUGGAGUAACAAGUCUUUUGAUAUGUUGUUGAAGUUACUUCGGGAGGCAUUUCCAGAAGGCUCGAGAAUUCCCAAGUCUUAUUAUGAGGCGAAGCGGAUGAUGCGGAAGCUUGGGUUGGGAUACAAGACUAUCCAUGUGUGCCCAAAGGAGUGUGUGUUGUAUUACAAAGAGUAUAAAGAUUUGAAAGACUGUCCAGUAUGUGGUCAUAAGAGGUAUAAAAAUUGUAAUGCAAAGGAGAAAAAAGUUCCCCAUAGAAAAAUGCACUACUUUCCUCUCAUUCCAAGAUUGCAGCGUUUAUUUAUGUCUCGACACACCGCUGAAUAUAUGAGGUGGCACAAGGAACAACGUUUUGAGACAGAAAGAGUCAUUCGACACCCUACUGAUGCGGAAGUGUGGAAGGAAUUUGACAAACAAUAUCCGGAUUUUGCAGCUGAACCACGUAAUGUCAGAUUAGGUCUUGCUUCCGAUGGUUUCACGCCGUUUGGUGAUAUGGCAAAUCCAUAUAGUAUGUGGCCAGUUUUAGUGGUGGCUUACAACAUGCCCUCUUGGAGAUGUAUGAAGCAGGCACAUAUCAUGAUGUCGACAUUAAUUCCGGGACGGAAGGCACCGGGGAAAGACAUAGACAUUUAUUUGAGACCUCUAAUUGAUGAACUUAAAGAGUUAUGGGAGAACGGCGUUAGAACGUACGAUGUAGUUGAAAAAAAACAAUUUACUUUGCGUGCUGCAAUAUUAUGGACAAUUAAUGAUUUUCCUGCAUACGGUACUUUAUCCGGCUACUCCACCAAAGGAUAUGAGGCUUGUCCGGUGUGUAUGGAUGAAACUGCUUCAUUCCGAUUACAAAGUAAGAUUUGUUAUAUGGGGCAUCGCCGUUAUUUAAGUCCGGAUCAUGCUUGGCGUUCCGACUUGAAUUUUGAUGGUUCUGUUGAAACAAGAAUGCCUCCCGAAUCAAAAACGGGUGAGGAACUAUUGUUAGAGCUAAGCAAGCUGUGGGUUCCUAUGCCGGGAAAGGAUGUAGCAGUUCGUGAAGCUGACAUGAAAAAAAUGUCAGAAGCUGGGUACUCAAACGACAGUAACUGGAAACGGAAAAGUAUCUUUUGGGAGCUCGAGUAUUGGUCAAAACUUAAGUUGCGUCAUAAUCUUGAUGUAAUGCAUAUAGAAAAAAAUAUAUGCGAUAACUUGGUAGGAACCGUGUUAGGAAUAGAUGGCAAGUCAAAGGACACCAAAAAAGCUCGCUUGGGCUUACAAGAGUUGAAUAUAAGAAAGGAGUUGCACUUGGAUGGUAAGGGGAAAAAGCCUCCGGCAUGUUUUACAUUGUCUACUACGGAGCGGAAAGCUUUUUGUCAAUUUUUAAAAUCAGUCAAAUUUCCCGAUGGAUAUGCAGCAAAUUUGUCGCGAAAUGUCAACAUUAACGAUGGUAAGAUCACGGGUUUGAAAAGUCAUGAUUGUCACGUGUUGUUGCAACGAUUGUUACCGAUAGGAUUGCGGCCUUACUUGAAGAAAGACAAUGUGUUGGGUCCGAUUGCUGAGAUGUGUUCAUUUUUCCAGCAGCUUUGUGCAAGGACAUUGUUAGUAAAGGACUUAGAUGCAUUACAAGAAGGUAUAGUUUACACAUUAUGUAAACUUGAAAGGAUUUUUCCUCCUGCAUUCUUUGAUGUUAUGAUCCAUCUAGCCUACCAUUUACCAGAGGAGGCAAAAUUAGCUGGACCAGUGCACACUAGGUGGAUGUACCCUUUUGAAAGGACACUAGGGAAAUUGAAGAAAUAUGUCAGAAAUAAAGCUCGUCCAGAAGGCUCGAUUGCAGAAGGUUAUACUAUUAGUGAGGUAUUGACGUAUUGUUCAAUGUACAUGCGUGACAUUGAAACACAGUUUAAUCGGCCCGAACGUAAUGCAGACAAUAUCGAAUCCCGACCAUCCUCAUCAAUUUCAGUUUUUCAUCAACGUGCGAGACUGUUUGGGAAGCCAAAGGCUAUUAUGUUGACACAAGAUGAACGUGAAAAAGUACGUUGUGAACAUGUUUCAUUAUUGCGAUCCGAAGGCGUUGAUCUUAUUAAUAUUCAGCGUACCCAAAUAUCAACCUUUGCAAAGUGGUUUGGAAACAAGAUUAGAGACAAAUAUGCAGAAGAUGAUACAACUAUCUCUAAUGACUUGUAUGCUCUGGCAAACGAACCUAACAUUUUUGUUCACUCAUACCCUGGUUGUAUGGUGAAUGGAGGGCGAUAUCAUACUAAAAUGCGAGAUGACAAGCAUACCACACAGAAUUCUGGUGUUUACGUUGAGGGAGAUUGUGAUGGGGUAAUAAGUGAUUUCUUCGGUGUGAUUGAGGAGAUUUGGGAGGUGUCAUUUUUGUAUUGGAAUAAGGUGAUCUUAUUUAAGUGUUCAUGGUUUGAUACUGCCAAUGGAAGGAUGAAGAAAGAGUAUAAUUUCACCACCAUUAAAACUGAUUCAUUAUGCUUUGAGGAUGAACCGUAUGUCUUGGUAGAUCAAGUGAAACAAAUCUAUUACAUUAAUGAUGAAAAGAGAGUUGAGGCUUGUCAAGAGGAUGAAGAAGAUAACGAGCCUUAUCAAGAAGAGUUAUCAAAUGAGCUUAACAUUUCAUUUGACACCACAAAUGUUAAUGAAGCUCCCUUAAAUCGUACGGAUAUUGGGCCACUCGAAAUUGAUGAUUUCACCAUUGAUAUUUGCAUCGAUCCCAAUGAUGAAAUUGAUGACGAAACAGAAGAGGAAAUUGAAACGGAAUUCAAUGGAGAAGCCGAUGAUGAAAUUGAUGGUGACAUCGAGAAAACUGAUUCUGCAACUGAUUAUAGUGAUUGA